AUGUCGAGGCCAUUACGUCAUGAACGACUGGCCGAGCUGAAGCCAACGGGUGAAGUGUUUGUGAACGGCCUGUCGUCCAGUUACGACGACGAGUUUCCAACUUCCGAGCGCUUGGUGGAACUAAUGACCCGCGAAGACUUUGCGAAGGCCGUUAGUUCUAUCAACGACGCUCUGAUUGACCACUGGCCGUGCUUGCCUUGUAAGGGGUUCGGCUACGGCUGUUGCAUCUGCACGCUGGGACUCUCGCUUUAUUGUGCUGCAUCGCAAGUUCGGGAGGCCGAGCGUCGUUUGCAGCUCCAAUUAAGACGUUUAAAUGACCAAAAGAAGUUUAAGGACAAAGGAAUUCAGUGGCGUCUGGCGAGGACGUGGUGGCGGCCUUCGUCGUUCGUGGAGAUUUAUAUUGACCCGGACGUUCGUGCAGAACACGACAGCACUGGUGACGAGAAGUGUGCCACACGAGAAUGA